AUGGACGCGACUGUAGCAAUCACGGGUUUACCAGCCCACCAACAUCGGCGCGUCGUAUCCGCAGAUGACCCUCAGCACCCCAUCCAGAACGUUCAUAAGAGGAACCAAAGCGAACAAGGACCCGGUGUGCCCGACAUUGGCGAGCUCGACGAUGAGAAAAAUUACUACGGCGGCGCGUUCGACGCCCUUGCCCCGGUGGGUAUCUCGUUCCGUGGCCCAAACCGCAGCGUACGUACCAGCAAUGCGGCGCCAGAACGGUUCGCCAGGGCCAGGGCGUAUCUCCACCACAAAUUCAAUGUUACCUCAGUCCACGUCCAUGGACGUUGGCUCGUUUUGGGGUGCGCGCCUGCUGUCCCCAGCAGCAGGAUGCCAGGCCUCGCUGGUGGCUUCCUGGCUAUCUGGAGGCCGGCCGAUAGAAUGUACUUUCAGCCAUUCAUCGGAGAGGAGGGACAAAAAUACCUUGAGGGAGAGGAGGAGGAUGAAUUUAAGAUCGACGAGGCCAUCUUAGCACGCUUCGAACCCGGCGUCAUCCCGAGGACCGACGCGGUCCUUGGCUUGGCCAGCCUGUUCCCGGAGUGCGUUGCACUCACAUUUGUUGCCGGGACCAUUGUCAUCGAGUACCCGACAACCGACGAGCAAUCUUUCGAGCAACGGCUCCAAACAUUACCCGACUACCUGCCCAAAGCCCCUUUCGCUAUUCGCUACCACAAUGGGCCCCUUCCCAACACCCCACAGCGACGACGUUUACGCAAGCCAAGGCCCCAGCUUGAAGAGGAUUCCCGGGUUGAAGAUGAGACCGAUUACGUGGCCCGGGAUGGCAAAUUCUACCCAGGUAGUAUGAUCUCAUCCAUUGCCUUAGACGGCACGACAUACUGCUCAGUGUCUGCCGGCGUCCUAUUGUUCAACCAAGACGACGUAAAGCUCACUUGCCCGUGGCAUAACUGGGAGGACCACGCUGCCAAGUACCCCGCACUGCUAGGAGAAAAUAACGACGAGGCACGGCGAGUUUUUACAAUGGUCCAAGGAGAGCCCGGAACCAAGGUUGGCCACGUGGUGAAGCGCGUUGGCAAUACCGACAUUGCCUUGGCAUCCCUUCUCGAUGGGGUCGACUUUGAGAACAGAUUCAUGGACAUUCAGGCCUGUGCGAAGAGGCUCGUCCACAGUAACUCGAUUCAAACCGGCGACAUUUACGUCAUUGAUGGGUUUACCACUGGCUCCCAACGGCUUGUGGGACUCGGUGCGCGGUUCGAGUUAGGAAUGGGGCCUGCCUACUCAGACGUAGUAUCGCCGAGUGGGGGUGAGUCGGUAUUGCCGUCCCGAGGGACAUAUAUUGCGGCGAAACAAGGUGUGUCUGGGACGAUAGACGAUGUACAAGCUAAACCGCCCUAUAUUCGAGGUAGGGCCUGUGGGGCGGUGUUAGUACGAGUCCGUGAUGGCCAGGAGGUGGGCGGUGGCUCUGAUCCGAAGGAGACGUUGGCUCGUGGGGAAGUGUGCGGCGUCUUCCACUACGCAGACCUUACAUCGAAGUACCGAGAGUCCGCAGCGGAUUACCUCGCCUACACCGAGGUGUUCGACCCCCUCAUUGAGGAGGGGUGGCGCGUUGUACCAGCCUUCGGUGAGGCAGUGCAGGAAAACGUCGUGGGGCCGCCAGAAGAUGUGAGCUCCCUAGAGGCGGCAACGCCUCGGCGUACUGGGUUGAGGAGCCAAGGCCGCAUGUCGACGGCUCAGUGA